AUGGCACGUGUUGUACGUCAUUCCAAGUUUCGCCAUGUAUUUGGACAAGCAGCUAAAAAACAAGAGUGUUAUGAAAAUAUACGUAUAACAAAAAGUGCAUGGGAUUCAACGUUUUGUACAGUUAAUCCAAAAUUUCUGGCUAUUAUCACUGAAUCAGCUGGUGGUGGAGCAUUUAUGGUUUUGCCCUUAGAUAAAGUUGGACGACUUGAUCGUGAUGUUCCACUAGUGACUGGUCACAAAGCAGCUGUAUUAGAUAUUCAAUGGUGUCCUCAUAAUGAUAAUGUUAUUGCUAGUGGAUCAGAAGAUUGUACUGUAAAAGUUUGGCAAAUACCUGACCAAGGUUUAUCACAAAAUUUAACACAAUCGUCGGUCGAUCUUGUUGCACAUCAAAGACGUGUUGGACAGGUUCUAUGGCAUCCUUCGGCAUUAAACGUUUUGCUGAGUGCUGGCGGUGAUAUGAAGAUAUUUGUUUGGAAUGUUGGAAAAUCAACAAUAUUGACAACAAUUGACUGUCAUCCAGAAGUGAUAUUAAGCGUUAGCUGGAAAUAUGACGGUAGUCGAAUAGUAACAGCGUGUAAAGAUAAAUAUUUAAGAGUUAUCGAUCCGAGAACUGGAGAAGUUGUUAAAACUGGUCUAGGACAUCAAGGAGCAAAACCAAUGCGUGCAAUUUAUCUUCGUGAUGGACGAAUUUUUACUACUGGAUUUUCGAAAAUGAGUGAAAGACAAUAUGCAUUAUGGGAUGAAACAACAUUAGGAAAUGCAUUAGUGAUGGAAGAGUUAGAUAGUUCAAAUGGUAUUCUAUUUCCGUUUUACGAUGAAGAUACAGGUUUAAUAUUUUUAUGUGGGAAAGGCGAUUCGACUAUUCGGUAUUUUGAAUAUACACCAGACGCACCCUAUAUUCAUUUUAUUAACACAUAUUCGUCAUCCGAUCCACAAAGAGGAAUGGGUGUUAUGCCGAAAAGAGGAAUUAAUACGGGAAUAUGUGAAAUAGCACGCUUUUAUAAACUAUUAAAUACCGGAUUGUGUGAAGUUAUCAGUUUUACAGUCCCAAGAAAGGUUUUCAAACUAGCUUUUACUGAUUUUAGCAUCAAAAAGUAA